AGUCAGUCCGGAGUGAGGAGAGGCGGUGCGGUGCGUGAGGCUGACGACUCUUUGACACCACGUGCUGUAUGUAAACAUGAACAGCCUAAUGAAGCUGUCAGUUUCGACGCUAUACAUGCACUAAGAGUCCCUGCACCAUACAUGCUCGAACUAUACCUCAUAUAGCCUUGAAAUGAUAAGAAACACCGCCAUUCCAGUCAGUGCAAAUUACACGGGACUCGUGAUAUCAAAGAUUGGUGGCUAAGUGCAAACAUUCAGUGCUGGAAAGAUGGCAUCGGUCAACUCCCUGGUGUUGUGCAUCGUGUACACGCUGUUUCUGGUCUUCGGCGGGCUUAUAUUCAAGUUUCUGGAGUAUGAGGUGGAGGACAAGGUGCACAUUACAGAGCCUCCAGAAUGGACUCGCCUCAAAGACCUGGCGCUGCAGGAAGAUCCGCCAGCUGACGAAGACCAACUGCUGAGCCUCGCACCCUGGCUUCCCCGCGCCUGUCCCGAACUCUCCGCCGCCACCGUCAACGCCCUCGUCACUCGUGGUUCACAGGCGGAGGCGGUGAUGGAGGUGGAGGCGGCGUGUCCACACCUCCACUACGAGAACGUGACUCAGGAGGUGGUGUACGCCUGGUCCUUCAUCGAUGCCCUCUACUUCUCCAUGACCGUCACCACCACUAUCGGGUACGGCCACCUCACGCCAUCGGGGUCAUGGAGCCGCAUCGUGUGCAUCCUGUACUCCCUGGUGGGCAUCCCGCUCACUGGCAUGCUGCUGGCGUGGACAUCAAACUUUUUCGGCGAUAAACUUCUACAAUUAUUUAAGUCCAGGCUAAGCGACGAGAAGCAACAUUCCCACACGUUCAUCGCCGCAGCCACCGUCAUCUACAUCACGCUUGGGUUCGUGGUGUUCAUCUUCCUUCCGUCAGCGUUAUUCUCCUCGCUGGAGGGUUGGAGCUACCUGACAGCCGUCUAUUACAGCUACAUCACCCUCACCACUAUUGGAUUCGGCGACUAUGUUACUGGUAAUGAAUUAGAGGGAUCAAAGCUAUAUGCGUACCAGAUCGGAGUCAUUCUGUGGAUCAUGGUGGGUCUCGGGUACUGGGUGAUGGUGGCCAACUUCAUCACCAAGGCUCUCAAGUCCAAGCGUCUCACUGCCUCCAUGAAGCGCCGAGCCGAGGAGAUGAAGAAAUUGAUGCAGCAAGUUGGCGUGAAAAACCAUGACCCCGCCUUCCUCCGCCAGCAUUCCAAGGCCACCGUCAAUCUCAUGUUGCAGCUAAGCAACGUCCUCGCCGUGCAAGACAUGGGGAAUGACGAGGCUGCAGAGAUGGAGGGAACCUCAGACACCACCGACACUGUAACCACCGGGCCAUCCUCCCCGUCGGCCUACUCUCCCACGCUCUCCCCCGGGGGCAUUCCAGGCAUCUCAUCCUUGUUCGGAGCCGGUCUGUCGCACAAUACGCCACUCAGCCACCUGAUGGGUCCUCUCAGAAGGGAGUUUAAUUUGAAUAACUCCAUGCUGCCCGGAACCUACAAGAGCGCCAGUGAAUAUAGCAUCGAUGUCAUGGACGAAAAAGUCAGCGACCACUGCAGCGCCAGCAAAGAAACACUUCCCAUCAGCAACAAGAAAAAAGUGUCGCCAUGACCAGCGGCGCCACAUCCCUGUUUGUCCCCCGCCCGGCACAACGCCUGCUUCUCCAGGUCAUCUGUCUCCACGUCUACCAAUACUACCUAACUGACUCUUGGGUGGGACUUCGUUGUACGUAAUAAUGCAGUGAUGAUUGUUACAAAAAAACUGAUGAUGAUACCCUGACUCAUAUAAGUUUCAUUCCACGUCAUUUCCGGCACUUCAUGUAGUUUGUAACGUACGUGGGAUACUCAACAAUGAGGUUCGUGUCCGUGUUCGUGUCCGUGUCCGUGUUUACUUGAAUCAGUGAAUCACCAUCCUUAAAAGUACUGUAAUGCUUUAGUAUUCGCGAAAAUUAUUGUACUCCAACCAGACAAUCGACAACAGUUACCCAACAAGUUCAGUUACCCAUCAUACAAGGUGAACAUAGUUUAAGGACUAAUGUUAGAUCCAAUACAACCAAAAAGCACAUAAGUAUGUUUGGAAACAAAUGUUAUAAUUUUCACUCACAUCUACAAAUGUUUACAAUGCUCUUACACUCCAACGGGUACACACGGAAAUGUUACUAUUUGUUGAUACAUGUUUCGUCUGCCAUGUUGUGUGUUGACUAACUUGGAUAGCAGACAAGAAACAUAUAGAGAUGAGAUAUUCUGUUCUUUACUAAAUAUGUUUUAACUCCUGCAUGGGAUUCUAAGUAACAUUGUCUACUUUAGGUGGAGGUUUAAAACUAAUAUAAACUAUAACAUGUGAUAAACGACCCGACUGUGCUUCCGGGUCAAGAUUUCUAAUACGAGGAAAAUGAAAAUGUGGGAGCCAGAAAAAGAUAAGACAUUCACACGUUCAAACACCUGCACUCUACCAGGAGCGGAUCAGUGCUUCCCUGAUAUUGAUACACACAAGUUACCUGGCGAGCAGGCGGAGGGCUCACCACUGAUGCUCCCUCGCCCACACCACCUCAUAGCAGCAGGAUCUCUCGUGGUACCUCAAGGAGAACCUUAACUUCUUAACUGGGUUGAUUUCACUGAAUAUAACCUUGAAGCCGUAACACUUGAGGUAUCCAAAGUAAGCCCACAUCUUUUGUCGCACAAUGGACGCACCUGUGACGAGACACACGAUUGAUUGAUUGAUUGAUUGACCUAGUGAUUGAUUGAUUGAUGUUACAGUCCAGCUCAAAACUAAAACAACUACACAGUAUACGAGUAUAUAUAUAGGUUGUUAAACUUUUGAUACGUCAUUAGAAAAAAGUAUUUUUUAUAAAGGAUUGAGGGUUUUUAUUUUCCAGAUACAAUUUUUAUAUGAAAACUGGAAUGGGAAUGGAUGAUGCUUAGUUUCUAAAGACCUGGGCAUUCCAUCUCUUUGUUUCUCAUACAAUGACUUUGGAAGUAUUACAUAAACUGUUGUUAUUAUGA